GGCAGUUCCGAUACGGUCGACCUAGAGGACCCCGCUCCAGCCCCCGCCGCGGUUCAAAUAGCCGACACGUCGAUAAGCAAGAGCCCAGUCAAUGCCAGCAAUAUGAGCGACGAGAUAAUAGCCGAAAGUCUGGAGAAGCUCAUGGAAAAUAAGCUGGUCAGGGAGAAGAAGGUCGAGCUCGAGAAGAAGCUCGAGUCCCUCAGGAAGAAGCAUGAGAAAGAGAAGAUGCGAAUGCAAGCGCAGAAGGGCUCGAUCGACGGCGAGAAGCACAAAUCCAAGUUUUACAUGAGCAAUAAACUGGUGAAGCGACUUUCGAGCAAGAAUAUCAGUUUUUCGAGUGAAGUGGGUUUAAGCACGUUGGCUAUGGCUGAGUCUUCCGAAUGCCCGGAGGUGGAGAAUCGCGAGGGGAACGAAGGAGUGCCCAGGGGUUUGCCUAGAAGUCAAAGUGAGCGAUUUUUAGCCGUGUGCAAGGCACACGUUCAACAGGAGCGUGAGCUACAAGAGAAAUAUUACGACAACCUAUUCACGACCGUUGAGAAAGUGAUGAAGAACUCGCAGUCCAAUCAGCUGAAGACGCUCCGGGUACUUUUAGAUAGAGAAACCGCAGAUGUUAUGCGGAAGCUACAGGCCACGAGACACGGCGAGGUCAAACAAUUGGCCAAAGUGCACAAAGACAAAGCCGAGCUGGAUCGUAUGAAGAGAGAGGUUGCGAAGUCGACUGUGGAGAAAGGGGUGAACGAAUGCACGCGCUUGACGAAGAUCUACGACAAGAAGAGAGCGGAAUUGGAGAGGCAGCACGAGGAAGUGCGACAAAGGCUUGAAGAGGAGCGAGCCAAGGUGAAGGCCAAUUUGCUAGCGGAAUACAGUAGCCGCUAUAGCAAAUACGAGAGCGAGGAAUUACCUCUGUUACCUACCGGCGGAAGUAGUAUGCCCGAAUCACUCAGCGAGAACACGUAUUGACUCACGCAACGAGUCGUUUAGUUGUGUCAACUGAAGACGAGACGUCAGCUCGCGACUUCCGCGUGGCACGUCACACUCGCCGCCCCCAGGUGUCCCAUAUGCAACUUGGUGCGUCGAACACGGGUUUGAAUUCUGUAAUUCGAGAGAGAAAGAGAAAGGGACAUGUUGAGAGGAGAAACUGAGAUUGUUACUCAGUCGUGAUGCCUCCCGACACGCACGGGGAAACGAACCGACUUACUUACGACUAACGAUGUUGGCAUACAGUGCUUAUCUACAGGUGCUCGACAAUGACAAAAGAAGACUCAUCUCGCGGUCUCUCAGCGGAGAUGUCGACACGGUGACAGUGUCGGCCGUAUCGAGAGAUCGUGAUCUCGGGCAGCUCGGUGUGAUGCACGAUGCACGGACGAGCAGCGUCUUACGUAUGUACGAUAUUAUUGUAUGUAUAUACCGAACUUUUACCGUUUAAUACUUCAAGAGAUUAGGUGUCGAAUAAUGGGAUCGAGGUAAUUUUCUAUUACUUCAACGCUGUGUCUUUUACUACAAUGAUCAUUAUUCGAUUGAAUACGUGUUUGAUCGAUUCUUCGAUCGAUCAUUAGACUAUACGGAACACGCACUAUGUCGUGAUCUCUUUACGAUAAAAAAAAGAAACGUCUGCUUAAUAACGCGAGAGAAAGGAAGAGAAAGAAAGAUAGGAAAGGAGAGAAAGGGAGGGGAAGAAAUAGAAACGGUCAAACUUUAAUGAUAAAUCUGAGUUACUUCGCACAGUAUUAAGCAGUCUGGGAAUUUGGGGAUCUGAAACAGUAGCCGACGCUACUGUCGUCGGUUACGUUGCACGAUAACGAGCAGCAAGAUCGUUCGCGUAAGAUACGUGCGAGAGUGGGUGUAUAAUUCUAAAUAAGAGCAACCUUCCUAAGUGCUAACGUUUAAUAUUGUUGUUAUAUGCAUAAGGCGUUAUUUAAUCGAUUACAAAACUAAUUCUAAUUGCGUUCCACAAGAUACUCCGUUUGCGCGGCAAAUGAAUUGAUCUUCUCGACUCUACUCCGUAAGUCAGAUCUCAGGAGAUUCCAGUCAGAAUGAUAAGAAAUAUAUCGAGAGGGUAUAAUCUCUUUGGCCUAGAGGAGAAACAUUGGAAAGUGCUAAGGAAAAUGUGCACGAACGUGCGCGCGCACGCGCACGCGAUAGCGAUCUGAUAUAUUUUUGACUGAAAGUACUCCGUAUAAAGUAAUUUUUUUUUUUUCCCGGGGUUGCCCAUACUAUGGGGGGGGAAAAACAUACUGAGACGUUAUUAUAUUCUGCCGCGGGCGCGAGAAUAUCUCAGUAUCCUACCGUGUAGAGCGGCUCUCUUUGGUAUCCCGGACGGUCCGGUCGGGCGAACCUCUUUGAGGAAGACAAUCAAAAAUGUUACGAGGUAACAUUGUCCUUGUUGUUUCUAAUCGUACGAUAUUUUAGACUAUGCACUACGAUACGUGUACACAGAUAUCUGUGAAGGGAUUCUUCGUAAUUAUAACGAACUUAAGAUUAAAACUUGUAAUGCAUCUCGUAAGUCCGUAUCGUGUAAAAGUCCGCUAUUUAUUUAACGCGUUGAUUUAACGAAGCCCAGAGGUACGCGGGGGUGUAUCGUGAUUGCUCGGCGGAAUUAUCUUGGCGAUAAUCGCGCGAAUAACGAUAAUGGAAUCAAAGAUGACUUCUUAUAUACAGAAUAUUUAAUAUUAUAUAUAUUCAUAUAUAUAUGUGUGUAUAUAUAUAUAUAUACAUACAAACAUACACAUACAUACACACAUAUACUUAAACAACGCGCGCGGCUGUUUCAUCGCGGUUUGUAUUAUUUAUUUUGCGUUAGUCGAGGGAUCGCACGUGCAUCCUACACUUUCGGUCUAGAGACCGAACUUUAUUCUCUCAGCCGCUGACAGUUCUAUCUAUCGUUAAAUAUUUGGCAAGUCAAAUAGAAAAUGAUUUACGAGUGAUCUUGUGGCAUUUAGUGCGCUCGUUAAAGAGACGCUUUUUAAUACGCGUUGUAUUUCAAGUCGAGCACAUUCUUUCGCUGCACGUACUUACAUCGAAAGAGUUCCGCUUUGAAUCUGAUUCCGCUUAACAACAGAAUUAUCGAACGAGUAUGUAUCCGCAUUAGAGUGCAAAAACUGAUCCGCUUAUCCGUAGACUUAACUAAACGCACGUGAAUCUCGAUUAUUAAACAGAUUAUAUUGCAGUUUGAUGUGACGACUUAUAUCGAAUGUUCACAAGACACAAAUGUGUGUGUGUCCAUCUCAGUUAUAUUAAUCGGUGUUUUGUAGUUUUUUUUUUUAAUUUUGUCAAUUUUUCCAACUCUCUUCGAAAUUGCUUUCUCGAACAACGAUAUAAAAUUUUAUAACGAAGUUUUACGACGAUAUUAUUGUACACAAAAAUCUAAUCAAAAUUUUUUAUUUGUUUAAAAUUUGUGUUCUUUUACAUACAUAAUUUGUUACAUCGCGUGUACGCAAUAAUAGUACGCGUGUACGCAAUAAUCUAAUGAAUCUCAUAUGAUACAAAAAAUCUCAAAUUUACUAUCAUUUUGUUGUAGAAUCGCGUUGUAUCAUUUUCACAAGUUUUACGGACGACGAGUAGAGUAAAUUUCUGCUGGAGUCACUCGCGAUUAUUUCGCGUGAGUUCUCUUCAUGAGCAGAAAGACAAUUAUCAAUUAAGAUAGAUGCAUUUAUUAUUGUUGGCGAUAGUACAUCUCGCAAUCAUAAGAACAGUGAAUAUUAGUACUUGAAGAAAAGUUAUAACCCGUGCACUUCCCUCGGACAUAACGUGAGAUUUCAUUCGUUGCAGGGUUGGUCGGAAAAUUUCAUUAGAUGAGAAAAACCAAUGUAAAUUUCGGUUUUUACUUUCUCGAACUUUAUUCAAUGAAAUAAACUGGCAAAAACUAUUAGGACUAAUGUAUAAUACUAAAAAAAAUUUAUAUAUAACUUUAUGCAAAAGGAUAUCUUUGCUUUAAUUAGUAAAUUAUAUAAAUUGCUAUAAUUUAUAU